AUGAAGUAUCUUAAGGAUUUCCAGUUCACCCUCUCAUAUCAUCCCGAUAAAGCCAAUGUAGUAAUAGACGUUUUGAGUCGUAAGAGCAGAGGGAUGAUAGCUAAAAUUAUCAUAAAGGAAUGGGAUAUGGUUAAGACACUCAAUGAAUUUAGAAUUCAAGUAGAAUCUCAAGAUACAAAGGUAUACCUUGGUGCACAGAAGAUGAUGCCUAUGUUGAUAAGUGAGAUCAUGGAGGCCCAGAAGCAUGAUCAAGAAGUAGCCUAUAUCAAGGGACAUUUGGAAUCAGGAGAACCAAUGUUCGAUUGGGCAAUUCACCCCAAUGGGAGUUUAAGAUAUCAAGGUAGAUUGUUUGUGCCAAGUAAUGAGUUGCUUAAAGAAAAGAUCGUGAUCCACAAUUCACCUCAUGAUUUUGCGGAAGUUUGUAAGAAGCUCUGGCAACGAUGUGGAUCUGUUUGGGAUUUCAUGGGCUUUGUAGAUUUGAGAUCUGAGAUCGGCGAUGGCACCACUACAGGAAGUGGACAUGGACGACAGUGGAGGUGA